ACGCACAAGGACACGGCUGGUGGUCAUCUGACUGUGGGUGAACACACAACUCUGAACUCUUCUGCUUCUCUUGGAGACCCGACUGAGACUCCUCACAUUUGCUGCCUGUGGUUUUUUAAAGAGCCAGCCGUGAGGCAGCAUGGGAGGGGCCGUCCUCUGCUGAAGCGCAGCAGCAGCACAGUGGGCAAGUGAAGCACAGCUCUGCGCUAUCCGGCGCAGUGAGUCAGCUGAGCGCAGAGAGCGAGGGGGGAGACCGUGCCGGAUCUGGAGACAGAGAGGCCAACGUACAACUUUGGGGAGCCUGACAUGGAAAUACCGAAGUGAUCGUCGGAGCAAAGCUCGUUGACGCAUAAUCCCGCCCGCCCGGCUGGCACAGGGAGGGGGGCAAAUCUCGCCUGGCGAAACUCAAAUCCUCCAAAAAAGAGAUUACGCAGAGUGCGCUGCUGCGGAUUCCGCGCAAACUCCAGAACGACAUUUUUUGACCAACUGCACGGGUGCACUGAGGCGAUACUGUGCGUAUUGUAAUAUGUUCGGCAGACGAAGCAGAGGGACGUAAUGCGCUUUAAUAAUUAGUCUCUUAAAUCCACUGUUGCAAUCGGCGCUGUCACUGCGUCGCGGACGGUGGACCGUUGGAUGCGCCCUGAGGUGUGGACAGGACCUGCCUGCACAGCAUCGUCACUUCCACCCCCACCACCACCAUCAUCAUCAUCAUCACCGUCAACAACAACAACACCAUCACAGGUAUUUGAUCGCGAUCGUUGCGCCGGAGGUCUGGAGCCAUGACAGGCCCCCCGCUGGCCCCACGGCCCGCCUGCUGACGGCACCGGCCAGGAUGGGAGCAGGUCUGCCGCGUUCAGGAUCCCGAAUCAGCCGAUUUAUCAAUGGAGGAGGAGAGUGACGCCCGGAAAAUCAACAACAGCUUCCUCCGCGACCACAACUAUGCAACCGAAGCUGACAUUAUCUCAACGGUGGAGUUUAACUCAUCGGGGGAGCUGUUGGCCACCGGGGAUAAAGGAGGCAGAGUUGUUGUCUUCCAGAGGGAGCAGGAGAGCAAGAGCCAGCCCCAGCGUCGAGGGGAGUACAAUGUUUACAGCACCUUCCAGAGCCACGAGCCGGAGUUUGACUACCUGAAGAGUUUGGAGAUUGAGGAGAAGAUCAACAAGAUCAAAUGGCUCCCUCAGCAGAAUGCCGCCUACUUCCUGCUGUCCACCAACGACAAGACGGUGAAGCUGUGGAAGAUCAGUGAGAGAGACAAGCGUCCGGAGGGCUACAACCUGAAGGAUGACGACGGACGGAUCAGAGACCCGUCGACCAUCACCUCGCUGCGGGUGCCAGUGUUGCAACCCAUGGACCUGAUGGUUGAGGCUACAGCCAGGCGCGUAUUCAGCAAUGCCCACACCUACCACAUCAACUCCAUCUCUGUCAACUCUGACCUUCAGACGUUCAUCUCCACGGACGACCUCAGGGUGAACCUGUGGAACCUGGAGAUCACGGAUCGCAGCUUCAACAUUGUGGACAUCAAACCGGCCAACAUGGAAGAGCUGACGGAAGUGAUCACCUCGGCGGAGUUUCAUCCCCAGCAGUGUCACACCUUUGCCUACAGCAGCAGCAAGGGCUCAAUACGCCUGUGUGACAUGAGACAGGCGGCACUCUGCGACAAGCACUGCAAAUACUUUGAAGAGCCCGAGGAUCCCUCCACUCGCUCCUUUUUCUCUGAAAUCAUCUCAUCCAUCUCGGACGUGAAGUUCAGCCACAACGGUCGCUAUCUGAUGACAAGGGACUACCUCACUGUCAAGGUGUGGGACCUUCAGAUGGAGAACAAGCCACUGGAGACAUACCAGGUUCACGAUUAUUUACGAGGGAAACUAUGUUCUCUGUACGAGAAUGACUGCAUCUUCGACAAGUUUGAGUGUGUCUGGAAUGGAUCAGACAGCGUCAUAAUGACCGGGUCCUACAACAAUUUCUUCCGAAUGUUCGACCGGAACACCAAACGGGACGUCACUCUGGAAGCGUCCAGAGAAAACAGCAAACCCAGAGCCAUUCUCAAGCCUCGCAAGGUGUGUGUCGGUGGGAAACGGCGCAAGGACGAGAUCAGUGUGGACAGCUUAGACUUCAGCAAGAAGAUCCUCCACACCACGUGGCACCCACACGAGAACAUCAUCGCCGUAGCCGCCACCAACAACCUCUACAUCUUCCAAGACAAGGUGAACUAAGGGGCAGUCUGCCCUGCGGACCCUGGGCCCACCGCACAUGUGAGGGGCUGCAGGGAGAGGCAAGGGUUUGGAGAAGGAGAGAGAGAUGGACCCCUCGCCUACAUCCUUCUGCUCCUCUCCCUGUGUCUUGUCGCCGCUGGUCUUGAUUUUUUGCCGCUCGGCUGAGGAAGUGCAGAAUCGAGUAUCCGGCGACGGAAUGAAUUUCAGGAAGCGGGAAAAAUUGAUUCGACCCGGAUGUGGAAAAAGAUUCCUUGCAACCAAGAAUGGACUUUCAUUCUUCAAACUGACCUAUAAUUUUAUUUAUCUCGCCAUGCGGACACCUGAGGAAGGGAAUCCUGUGUAUUUAUACAACAAGAGGAUUGCGGCAUGAAUAAUGUGAUGUAGCAGCCCCUCUGGACCCUGAAGAAAGGGGCUGACGUGGGCACACAACGUAAAAUAGAGCACACAGACAUAAACCAGGCCUACAUGAUGGUGCAGCUGACUGCCAUGUAGCAACAGUGCCCCCUCUCUUUCGGUCUGCUGCAGUGCAUGUGCGGGUUAGGGACGGUGCAACGCGCUGCAGGGUUCCUACAGACGAGGAAGAGACCUUUUUAAUCUCUGACCCCAGAGACUGAGGGGUUUUCUCUGCCUGUGACACAACACGGUCUCUCCAGCACCAGUUCUGUGUCUCCCUGCGGAGACUGCUGUAGUCUGCAAUGUGAACGGAGCCCUUCCAGGCUGUGUCCAUCGUUUUAUUUAAUGCUGUUGUUUUUUGAGUACUUCUCUCGGUCAGUAAGUCUGUUUAGAAGCUGUGGUGCCUUCUUUUGGUAUGUGGGGGGGUUCGAUGUA